CUAUUCGUUUAUACCAAAAAAUUGCGUUCGAAGUGUCACACACCUGACAAUGGCCAGUGAGCAGUCGCCAUUUUACAAAAUCUCUGAAAACGUAGAUUCGGAAAUAAAAGUAAUAAAAUCCAGAAUCAUCAGACUUCAUCCGACCCAAUUGUAUUGUUUAAUUAAAAGUUUAAUUUGAAAAAAGAGUUUUCAAAUUAAGUUAAGUACGAGAUCCAUCCUAAAUAAAGUUCAUCGGAAAAGAGAAUCGGGAAAAAUUUAACGAAAAAUUGCAAAUCCAUCAAAAAUAUAAGUUCUAUUCGACGAAUCUACAGUUUUUCAAAAAACAGGGAUCAAAAGGCGAAUUGAUUAAGUGCUUGUUUAUUUAGUGUUGUCUAUUUAAAAGUGGUAAUUUUGACGAAGACAUAUCUAAAGUAAUAAUUUUUUUUUCGGGUAUAUAAAAGCGAGCAGCAAAACACGAAGGCGAGACGAGACACAGACGGAGAGAAAAAUAAAACGAAAAAGGGUGAAUCGAUUUCAUCCGCUUCGUUCGUUGAAGGAUUCGAUCCUUAACGGUGGAAGAGAACCUAAACCAUUUUUUUAGAGCAAUAAAUUCGACUAGACGGGCUCGAAAGUAUUUGAAAUUUAGAUUUAUUAUUGAACUUUAAAGUAAAGAAAAAAAAAACCGAAACCAACUAUAGCUGAUCCAGUUCAUCUGAAUCAAUUCUGUGAUAAUUGUUGAGAUUCUGUGUGGGAGGGAGUUUUCGCUGAUGAGGAUUCACUGGCAGCAUGAGCACAUUGGGGGGAAGUAAGGGGGAGCGCCAUGCAAAACCCACCAAGUUCGCAGCAUUGGACAUAAAUAGACUUUAUAGCACUAGCCGUGGCGAAUCUCUUGAACCGUCAACACAAAAGAACGCUGUACCUCGUAAACAUGGAAUGCAAAGUUUGGGAAAAGUACCAUCCGCACGUCGUCCUCCAGCUAAUUUGCCGUCUUUGAAAGCGGAAACAUCAACACCAGCAGAUCCAUCGGCAUCUUGGGGCCCAGAAACCACGCAAUCGCCAGGUACAACAGCAACAGUAACUACUACAACAUCGGUAGCCGCUUCGACCACCACAAAUAGUGGAUCGAAUUCCGCAUCUGCGUCAAACACAUUAGCUGUCAGCAGCCCAAACAGUGUCACUUCACUAAAUAGUAAUUCCAUUAGUAGUACUUUAGUUUCUUCGUCAAAUCAAUCAAACACAUCCUCCGCCUCUUCGUCAUCGACAACAUGGAGUUCAGUAGCUACUGGAGCUCCUGCAGAAGUUGCACAGCCGCCGCUCUACCAGAGUCCACAGUUUCAGCACGAAUUUCCAUCAUUAGAUGGCAGUGUCCCUGUUCCGGCAAAAGGAAAUCGAAACGAACGCACGGAUGCACAUCCAUUAAAUACCGAUGGCCAACACAUGAGCUUACGUCCACAGACAGAUGCGGCCAGUUGGAUGCAACAACAGCAACAAGGUGGUGCUGGAAAUCGCGGAGAAAAUGGAAAUUCCCAGGUCUCCCAACAGGACCAGGCCCUCCAACAAGUGCCACCACAGUUCCGCGCUCUAAUGCCACAGUUCAUGUAUCGAAGUGGAAACAGCGCAGGACUCGGUGGUGCCCAACCACCGCAACAAUUUGGGCUUCCACAAACAACCGGCAGUGGAACCAAUUAUCCACCUCCACCGAUCCAGGUUAAACAACGACCUCAAACUGGAGGUGGAUCACAUCAAUCGUACAACGAUGAAUACAAUUCGUCAUACAACAGACGUGAUGAUCGUCCCAUCCAGCAGCAACAACGUCGAGGUCCGCCACAUUCGAAUAGACCACAAAAUCGACACGAUGGAUCAUACGAACCGCCACAAGAAGAGCCGCCGUUGGUUCACAGACCAAUUAUCAAAGAAGAGGAACUGAGCCGAAUGGAUUCAUUAGCUAAGGAUGAUGGAUGGGCGAAAUGCGAUGAAAUCGACUACAAUCAGAAGCUUGUUUUUUCGGAUGAUGAUGAUAUGCCAUCGAAAGAAAGUAAGAACGAUAAGAAGGGCAAUUCGAACAACAGAGAUUCUCAGCGACACGAAGAGGACAAUAGAGCUGUUUGGAAUCGUGAACGCGAAAGAGAGCGCGAACGGGAACGUGAAAGGGAAAGAGAACGAGAAAAGGAACAACAAGAACGAGCCAAAUUGGAACGGGAACGCGAACGCGAGAAGAAUGAACGAAACGAGAGAGAACGGGCUGGGGACAAGGAUCGUGACAAUAGAGUGGAAGCUAACGCACGCAUCCAGCAAAACGGACAUCGGGGCGGCUUAGAUGCCGAAGUUGUUGAAAGGGUCAAACUGCGCAAGGAGGAAGAAGAGAAGCUGGCGUAUGAGAGAAAGCAGGCCGCUUCGAAGAAACUGCAGGAAUUGGAGCAAAAGAUUAACAAGAAAAAGGAGCUCGAUGAAAAUCACAUUGAGCCAACACCAAAGUCGGAAAUGUCUGACUUCCGUGCAAUGACGCAGAUUGUGGGUAGUGAAAGCGGUGGCAGAUUCAUCAAUCGCGAUUCGGACAGAGCAAGAAUGGAUCGUGACAAGGACAAUCGUGGAGGUGACCGAGAUGGCCGUGACUACGGACGAUAUGAUAAAUACGAACGCGACAUCAAUUCCCGUGAAAGGGAUGGUGCUUAUAAAGACGGCUAUGGACACAGAGGAGAGCGUGGAAGUGAGCGUGACAAUGCUUCGUCAUUCUCGCGACCGUUUCAAUCGAAUCUUCCGCCACGUUUUCAAAAACAACAUCAACACGAUCGUGAUCCUCGAGGAGGAUUCAGCGGUGGAUCUGGCGGCUCAUCAGGCAAUUAUUCAUUUACUCGGAACAGUUCUUCCAGCAAUAAUUAUUCGAACGACCCAAAAAAUGCUCCAUUCGGCCAAUCAUACGAAACGCGUUACAACACUCACUCGCAAAACAAUUACAAGCAACAGCCGUUGGGUGGGUCAUCGCAAAUGCGACGACAUCCAUCUGAUGAAAUGAUGUCCGGACGACGGAACGAACGCAAACGGAUCGAUUCGGAGGAGGAAGAUCGUUUCAGUGGUGGUCGAGAUUCCACCGGUCGAAAUUCGCUGGGCGAUAAGCCUCCACCAUUAAAUCGAAGCACUUCGGAUUCUUCGCAGCGCAAGACUAGCGUAUCCAGUGAAGAUAAGCCGUUGGAUGGUUCCUUUCGCUCCGAUCGGUCUGAUUCAAAGGAAAUGACCAUGUCGUGGGUGGAUGAUUUGGAAUCGGAAAUGAAUCGCAUGGACGUUCGGUCGACAUCGCCACUUGUGAAUAAAUCGAAUGCAUCGUUGGACAACCAGCCGAAGCAUAUUUUGCAACGCCAACCGAAGGUAUCGGAGAGUAGUCGCGACGAAAAGGAAAAGUCAGAGGAACGGGAAUUGAAGUCGAGCGCAUCCGAAAAGGAGUCGAGUCCGCCGAUUUCGAAUCGAAUAACCGAGAGUCCACCAAAAGUUUGGGCUGACUGUGUGCCGGAAACGGUCGACGGAAGUAAAAUCGACAAAUCGAAUGAGAAUUUGAGUGUGGCCUCAUCGACGGCAGCACAGAAAAGCGGAAGCGAAGAGAAAAAGCCCGAAAACUUAGCUAAAUCAAUAUCGUCCAGCAAGGAUGACGAGAGCGGUAAGCACUCGAUAACGAGGACGUAUUCGAGUGGCGGAAAAGACGUUCAUUCCAGCGACGAUGGAAAGCAUGGAUCGAAGCCGAGAACAAGUAGUAGUAGAGGUGGGAGUCGAGGCGGUGGAAAUACAAGUGGCCGGAACGAUGCUCGAGACUCACGAGGUGGCUAUAAUAAUUCGUAUAAAGGCCAAAGUUGGGGAAACAGGCGUGGUGGUGGUCGACAGAAUCGCUACAACGAUUACUAUUCGGAAAGUGACGGAUCGGAUGAUGAAGGAAACCAUCGAUCCGAUAGAAAUUAUAAGGGACAGCGAAAAGAUUUGAAUAGCGGAUUGCGUAAUGUGAACUCAAGGAGCGGUCCGAUGUCGCAACAACAACAGCAGCAAAAGGAAGGCUUCGUUCCACGAGGUGAACCGUCUCGUUUAGGAAGAGGUGGAAUGACUUCUGCAGCACCAUUUCGACGAGGAGGCGCCUCAGUUGCACCGAAACGUAUUGUGAUUGGACCGCCAAGCUCAAAAAGCCCGUUCGGUGAAAGUGAUGAAAAACUUGAGAACAAAAAGGAUGCCAAAUCGGAUGCUGUAUCAGCUAAUGACAAAACUAAGCUUAGCCAAAUGGCAUUGAGCGCUGGAUUGAGUGGUAAAAAGAGUCCAUCUGGUGUUUCAGAACAGUCACAAUCCAGACCGAGCAAGAAAGAUGAAUCGUACGAAAGUACAUCCGAAAUGUCCGACACUCAAGAUGGCAAAAACAAAAACAGAUCCGCCGGUGCUAAGUUAACAAUGUCGUCGUCAAGUGGCAGCAUCGUUAGCAAUAAGAACAUUCCGCGAGACGAAAAGAAAACGUCUCCGAAACCAUCGUUCGGUGGACCAAGAAAAGAUGGACCGACUGGCACGAAAACUGAAUCUCAACCGAUGAAGAAAGACGACGAAAAGUUCAAGACAUCGAAUGAGAACGUUGACAAAAAACCGAUCAAGAAGGAAGAACUGGGCCAGGCUCAAGGUCAUAAUCAGCAAAGAAAUGCGAAUGCUCAAGCAUCGACGAAUAGGACCAAACCUCGAGACGAUAGUCGACAGAAUGUGCAGCAGAUGAAACCGGCACCGAAACCAGCAUCCGGUCCGGCUAACAAGCCUAGUGCAACGUCAACGCAAUCCUCUCAACAAGCUACACAGCCUAGCGGUGCUAAGCCCACACAGGAUCGCGGUGGACGCACCAAUCAUUCGGUGAGCAAACUAGCACCGAGAUUCGUGAAGCAACGUCAACAGCGAUCAGAUCAAAUAAACGGCGGUCAGAUGCAAAAUGCAUGGGACAAGCCGCUUCCAUCGACGCUUGGGUCCUCAGAUGCGGAAAGUCACGGAAUGGAUGAUUCGGAUGUCCAUGGCGAUGCGUCGAUACAACGGAACACUACACGGCAAACGCCGAAUGCAACCAUUGGUGAAAAGUCUGACUUGUCAAUCAAUUUAAAGACUGAUAACAGUAAACAGCAUUUGGACGGUACAUCUCCUCCAGUCAAUACGAUUAUUUUCGAAAAUACUAAUUACAAGACGAUACCUCCAAUUAAACGGCAAAGUGUGCCGCAGCAACAGACACAACAAUCGGUGCAAUUAGAUAAAAAACCGGAAGACGUUUUCAAAAACACUUCAUCGGGAACAUUUCAGGACAUGCUUGAUGCGCAACAACAACAACAACAGCAGCAGCAAAUGCCACGAUCCGGAACUCAGCAACCACAACCACCGCAACAGCAGUCCGAAUCGAUUUCAUCCGCACUCCAAACGAUGUCAUUUCCGAAAUCUGAUGCCGAAUACGAAAAGGAUAUGAAACUCGCUUUUACCUUUGAAUCUGAGAUCUCACAACUGACCGAUGACAAAACUGCUACGUCUAAAGGCAUGGGCAUUCCUCGAUCAGCCAUGCAUUCGGUGUCCAAUACAGCGCCGAAUUCGAUAAUUUCGCCGUCAACCGCUGAACUGAAUAUGAAAAUUGCCAGCGUUAAAAAAGUGUGGGAGAACGUGAUUCCGAUGCCGACCGUGCUGGAACACACCGCUCCCGACGACUCACAUUUGCAGUCGAAUUUCGCGUCGCAACAUCAACAACAUUUGCACCAGUUCACACAUGGACCCGUUACGAUGACGCAUGUUCAACAUGCUCUGUCUCCAGCACCUGGAUCUUACUCGACAACGUUCGGUCCCGAUCCAAGUUCGUUAGAACAGCAUUUUGUGAAAGCUUCGCAAGAUGAAGUCGAAAGUGGUUACAGUCCUAGUCCUCAGCAUGUCGGACAGGCACACCAUCAAAAUGCUAUGAAACAUGGUGGCGAUCCGUUGUCGACCAGUACGAAUGUUUGCAAAGUGAAACCGACACAGCAACAGCUCCAUCAGUCCGGUCAUGGCUUGUCUCCGCCUCCAAUGCAACAGGGUGGCAUACAAACAGCAUAUUAUCCACCAUCGCAAUUCGGUAGCAUUUCUGCAAUACCAUCACCACCGGCUGUGAUGUUCAAUUCAACGCAGAUGCAAAGCCAAGGCAACGUUUACGGUCACUUUUCAAUGGACACAAGCCGUUCACAAUUCUCACAAUUUCCGCCACAUUUCGGUGCUGCUGGUAGCACUCCGUACAACUAUAUGCAAACGCCACCAGCACCAACUCCUGAUAUGUAUCAGAAUAUUACUUCGCAAUUUCGUAUGGGUGCAGCCGUUCAAGCACCGUUCAAUCAGUCACAGCCCAGUCCCAGCACGGUUCUAAUAUCAUCCACAUCGAAUUCUCUGAUGUCGGCUUCUGUCAAACCAUCGUCCCAACAAAUUGGUGCCAUCGGAUCGAAAACCGGUGCGGUUGGUCAACAAUACGCUCAGCAAUAUAUGAAUUUAUACACGCAACAGGCACCACCGUUACAGAGCAACAGUUACUAUUCGAAUUCGGCGGCUGCACAAAGUGGCCCGUUCUUUGGUCCGGCGACUGGAACUCAAGCAUAUGGUUUGCCAUCGGCCGGUAUGUUUGGUGGUCAUGCACAGGCACCAGCAACGGCACCGCCACAACAACAGGUGGCCAAUUACAAUUCGCCGUUUUUGAAUUCACAAUUGCUGGCAAUCAAUCGACAGUAUCCAACCGGUCCAACGCAGCCGAAUGCAAAUCCACCGUACAUCAAAUCCAACCAACAACAAUCUCAUGCUCAAGAUCCAAGUGGCCGCCAAUUAAAGAGCCCGCUAAACAGCGAUGGUGGACUGAAUUUGAAGCAACCAUCGUCGCAACAAAGUCCUCCACACCACAAAAACUAUGCAGCGCCGUGGGAUCAAAUGCAAAUGCAGAAUCAACAGCAUAACCAACAACAGAAUGUGCAACAACAACAACAGCAGCAGCAGCAACAACAACAACAACAACAGCAUCAAAAUCGUAGCGGUUCCCAAAAUAAUAUGGCUGGUGGUCGUCCAGGUCCGCAACGUUAUCCCACACCGAUCCAGCGGCCAAAUUCAAACUAUCCACAGCAUCAGCAGCAAACACAACAACAACAGCAGAAUCAGCAACGAUCCAUUCGUCAACCGCAUUCGGGUCAAGUGAAUAGUGGUCCGAUGAACAAGCACUAUUAUCCUGGAGGUAAUCGAGGUGGUCACGGUAACGGCGGAGCAGAACAAGCAAUAAGUGGAAAAUCUUCAGCGGAUAAAUCGCUGGAUAAUUCGUCAACUGCACAGGAUGCAAUCAAAGAAGAUGGACAAAACGAUUAAGAAUGGAGAAUUCGUCCGAGAGAAGAGAAAAACGGAAAGGAAAAAAUUUAGAAAGAAAAUAAAAAUUGAAAGAAACCCUCGAAGAAACCCGACACUGAUCAGAACUACACACCUAUCUACCAAUACACACAUUUAGCUAAAUUAUUAUGAUGAUUAAAAUUCGAAAUUCAACUAGAGGAAAUAAUACUGGAAAAUCAUGCGAUUUGAAAUGGACAGGAAAAGUCAUUUGCCUACCGAAAGUAAGUAGCAAAUUGUCUUCAAUAUUCAAAACGAUCACACACGUGCACAGACACACAAAGGCACAUCAAUUACAUUUAACAAAAUUGUUCGCCAAAAAUUCUGAAGUGAAAAAAUUUGUAGAAGAAAAUGGAAAAUUUUUGUUUUUUAAUUUUUCACGGUCGUGUUCAUGUUCUCGGUGCGUUUUUUUGUGUGUUUUGGUGCGACUUCAAUGCAAUCAAACACAAUGCAGUAUUUUCCGACACUUUGUGUUCAUUAGUUUAAUCGCUGAUGUUCGUGCACUCACUACUCUCACUACGCUAAUGAAAUAAUUAUCACGGUGCGCUUGACCGGAUUUUGGAUGGAAAGUCCACUGUUCAUUGCAUAAACAAUAGAAAAUAGAAAGAGGCUCUAAGAAGCGGAAGCGAUAAAGAAAUUAAACAGUUAAACUAAAUAAAUAGAUCCAUUCAAGAUUCACAUUCAAGAGCACCGUGUCAUCAUCUCUCUGAUCAGUGAAAUCGUACGUAACGAUGAAAUAGAUAGAAGAAUUGAGACAACAAACUGCUGGUUGCUUUUGAAAAAAAGAGGAAAGAAAAUGAAUUUAAAUGAAUUUAAAAAUAAAAAAAAUAAAUGAAAAACCCCUCAGUGUGUUUAAACGUAUAACCAACCAACUACUAAAUGUUUAAAAUAAAAGAAGAAAAAAAUGAAAACUAAAUGAAAUGUGUUUAAAAAGAUUGGAACGUAAAAAAUCCAUCAGAAAUUAAAUAAAAAAUAAUUUGACAGAAUUGAAAGCAAAACUGAAAAUUUUGAAUAUUUUGAAUUGCUCCACACAGAAAACUGUCAUGAAUUCUUACGUGCAGUAAAAAUAUUUUCAAAUAUAUUCAAUUCUAUUAAUUGAACAAUGUAUAAUGGUGUUGUUGUGAAUAUAAAGUAAUAUUCAAAGCGGAAGAAGAGCACGGAGAUGAAAGAGAAGGAGUAAAACACUAUCAUUUUUUUGAUAUACGAAGUCAUUUGAGUAUUCUGUUUUGAUAAUUAAAUUGAACGAGAAUGAAAAGAAUUAGUGAAGAAAAAAUAAUGGAAAAAAAAUUUAAAGAAAAUUUAAAUGAAAUUGAAAAAAAUUAAAAAAUAAAUUUAAAUAAAAAACCUUGGAAACAAUGAUGCUUAAUUUGGACUGAAUAAUAAUUGAAAUUGCUAAACGUGACUUUUUCUCUUACCAAAAUGUGUUUUAGUUGUUAAAAAUAAACUUUUACUUAAAAACAAUUAAAUGACACAGGAACGCUAAAAACUGAAAAGUAAAGUAA